AGAGGGAGGGAGGGAGGGAGGGAGGGAGCUCUAAUGGUUUGGAGGCUCGGGUAUGGUUUGAAGGGCGGCGUUCAGAGAGGAGCUUGGCCUCUCUGAAUUCUCAUCGUUUCCCUUCUUUCAACAACGGUAAAUGGUUCUAGUGGCUGACAAAGAAAGUUAGCGAGAAAGUGCAAGAAACGGAAGAAAGAACCAUAGGAGAGACUUUGUUUCUGUCAAUAAUUUUCUGGGUCGAAUCCCUUUGAUCAGCUUUUUGGAGACUUUGUGCGGUUUUCUUGGGUUUGGUGAAAAAAAAUUAGAGUUCCAGUGAUUGGCAGAGGUGGCAACUGCAAUGGUUCUCAGGAAAUGUAAAAUUGGUUGGAGAAGCUCUUCGGUAUUUUGGCACUGAAGCAUGGUUACGCUGAUAGUUUUCUCAGAGACAACAUCCAGUUUGUUGCCAGGUUGCUUGUACAAAAUAGUGUUUCUGCAGUUUCAACUGUCGGAUUAAGGGUUAAGCCACUUAAAGAAGCUUUUUUGAGAGAGUGAUUAUUCAGAUAGCUCUCUCAGAGACACAAUACAAAACUCAGUUUCUGUCAAUCAAGCUGCUAGACAUAUCUAAGAUUGGUGGUCAGUUAGGUGGCAUGACCUCUCCUGAUUGUGACCUUGAGUUUCAGCUGUUCAAUUGAACUCCUUACAUGAGGCAAUUCUCUUUUGGCAGCAGAUAAACGUGACGGAUAUUUUGGCUUUUUGGGGGCAAAUCUCCUUUGGCAAUAAGCAUAUGAAGAACAAAUUGCCUGCAUAAUUUUGUGAGGAUUCUGUUCGUUUGGGCAAAUCUCCUUUGGCAAAAGUUACUAAGGGUUCCUUUGGUUGGGUAACUUCUUUGGCAGCAGAUAUUUGAGAAGAGCUGUUUGGUUGGAAAAACACCAUUUGUCAUCAAUCUACCUGGAACUCCAUCCGCACUAUUGGGAAAUCUCUUAUCCGGCAGUGGUAGCUUUUGAGCUCUUCUGUGGUGGGAAAGUCUCCUUGAGAAGUUUCUUCUAGUGGGAACUUCAGCUCAUUCAUUGGGCAAAUCUCCUUUGGCAUUUGGGGUCGUAACUCGACUCCCGUUGUCCCUAUAGGGCAAAUCUCCUUUGGCAUCAUAUCUCCAGUGUUAGCAUUCUACAUAUCCUAUUGGAGAUAUAGACACACUAUCAGUAUCCACAUCAGUUGGAAUAUAUAUAUAUAUUAAUUUAGCUUUUGUUAUCAUCCUUUGAUACGACUACAAUCUGCAUAUCCUUAUUGCAGUACCUAUUAAGAACGUGUGCUCAAACUAGGAGUGAUAGAGGUGUUGGCUUCUCCAGUUCGUUUAAAAAGUGAAGGUCAGCUGAGGAAGUAGAGCAAAAGGCUCACCUGAAAACAUAAUUUUGAUUCUGUAUCUUUUUCAGCUGAGGCAUCUGAAUGAUGGAUGUGUUCCUUAGUGACUCUGAUUGGGAGAGUUCUAGUGAAAGCAGUAGUAGUGAGGAUCAGGAGGAAACAGAAUGCAUAUAUGGUGGGCAGGCCAGGAGCAUCUUGUCAAGCCUUGAGGAAAGCAUUGAGAAAAUUGAUGAGUUUCUCUCAUUUGAGAGAGGAUUUGUACACGGCGAUUUAGUGUGCUGUGUAACAGACCGAUCUGGACAGAUGGGUAGAGUUAUUGCCAUUGAUAUGUUGGUGGAUUUGGAGAGUGUUCAAGGAAAAACAAUAAAAAAUGUCAAUUCCAAGAAACUUCUGAAGAUCCGCUCCAUUACGGUUGGGGAUUAUGUGGUUUGUGGGCCUUGGCUUGGAAGGGUGGAUAAAGUAGUUGAUAAAGUCACUGUUGUCUUUGAUGAUGGAACAAAGUGUGUAGUCACUGCCACAGAUCAAGAGAAGCUCUUGCCAAUUUCCCCUGAUGUACUGGAAGACUCACAGUACCCAUAUUACCCAGGACAGAGAGUGCGGGUUAGGCUCUCGAAUGUUUCUAAAUCAGCUAGCUGGUUAUGUGGUUCUUGGAGGCGAAAUCAAGAUGAAGGGACUGUUUGUGCUGUGGAUGCAGGUUUGGUUUAUGUGAAUUGGCUUUCAUCUGCUCCUGUGGGUUUUGAUUUGAGUUUGCCUGCUCCACCAUGUUUGCAAGAUUCAAAAAAUUUGAAUCUGUUGUCAUGUUUUUCAUAUGCAAAUUGGCAACUAGGUGACUGGUGUGUACUUCCAAGUCUUGGCGGUGAGGGUACAAUGGAGCUGGAUUUUCUUAAUGCGUCUACUGGUCAGCCAAUCAAAGAAAAUAAGAACUUGGGAAGAGGAUUUAAGAGAAGAAACUCAAACUUAGAUGAAGUCUUUGUAAUUGUGAAGACAAAGAGUAAAGUUGAUGUUGUAUGGCAGGAUGGCAGCCGCUCGUUUGAACUCGAUUCACAAAAUUUAGUCCCUGCAACUGUUAUAAAUGCUUAUGAAUUUUUUCCUGAGCAGUUUGUGUUGGAAAAGGGAACUUGUGACGGUCCACUGGUGUCUAUCAGCCACAGAUGGGGUGUUGUGCAGUCCGUGGAUGCGAAGGAACGAACUGUAAAGGUCCAAUGGAAAACUGAUUCUGUGAGUGAAGCAAGCAAUUUGGAUGGAGACAGGAUGGAGGAAAUUUUGAGUGCUUAUGAAUUGGCUGAGCACCCGGAGUUUUCAUAUUAUUUUGGUGAUAUUGUGUUUAGGUUAGUUAAGAACCAGUUUGGGGAUUCAGCGGAUAGUGAUCAUGCCACCUCGGAAACUGACAUGGGCGUGGAGUCUGUUUUAGGAGGCAAGAACAGCAGCAAGGAUCAGAAUCAGUACCCCAAUGAGUCUUACCUAUCUUAUAUUGGCAAUGUGACGGGCUUCAAAGACGGUGCUGUUGAGGUGAGGUGGGCUACUGGUCUCGUAACCAAGGUUGCACCUUAUGAGAUAUUUCGGAAUGAUAAGUAUGAGGGAUCAACUGCAACUAAUGUGCUCUAUGAAGAAAAUGUUGAGGAAUCAAAUCAGGAGAUAGUUGAACAUAACAAAUGGUCUAAUAGCCAUAACCAUAAAGGAAAGGAUUUGUUGGAUUCUGAUUGUGCUGGUGAAAAUUACAAAAAGCAUUCAUGGGAGUUUGGUUCCUUUCCCCUUCCUCAAGCUGCCAUUGGAUUUUUCAUUAGCAUUGCAACAGACCUAUUUGGAUCUUUUGGUUCAACUUCAGAUUCACGCCCAGUCGUAUCUGGGCUUAUUUCUGAAGGUGGAAGUGAAUCUAAAAUUCUCCAUGACAAAGAAGUGCUGGAAACUUGCGAACUGUUGCAGACAUUUAGAAAGACAAGUUCAGAUCAUGAAGUGGAAGAGUCUCUGGAUGCUGAAGCUGUUCCAUUUUCAACCACCAGUGAGAACUCUGACCACCAGUGGAUGCUGAGGCAGUUUGAUAUGGUUGGUGAUUGCUCAGACCAUCACUUUCUUGGCGCUGACAAACGGUUGGCAUUGUCUCAGGUGAAAAGAGUUUGGUUGAAGAAGGUUCAGCGAGAAUGGAGCAUUCUAGAGAAAGAUCUUCCUGAAACAAUCUAUGUCCGUGUGUUUGAUGGAAGGAUGGAUCUAUUGCGAGCAGCCAUUGUUGGUGCACCUGGAACUCCAUAUCAUGAUGGGCUUUUCUUCUUUGAUAUUUUCCUUCCCAUGGAGUAUCCUUACGAACCACCUUUGGUGCACUACAAUUCCGGUGGGCUCCGUGUCAACCCUAACUUGUAUGAAUCAGGAAAGGUCUGUCUCAGUCUUCUCAAUACAUGGACGGGUACAGGCUCUGAAGUAUGGAAUCCAGGGAGCUCAACUAUUCUUCAAGUUCUUCUCUCCCUCCAGGCCCUCGUGCUUAAUGAGAAGCCUUAUUUCAAUGAGGCAGGGUAUGAUAAGCAGAUUGGAAGAGCUGAGGGAGAGAAAAACUCUGUAAGCUACAAUGAAAAUGCAUUCCUUGUCACCUGCAAGUCCAUGCUGUACCUACUACGAAAACCUCCUAAGCACUUCGAGGCAUUAGUGGAAGAACACUUCAGGCAACGAGCAGAGUCUAUUGUAAUGGCUUGUAAGGCAUAUAUGGAAGGAGCUCCAGUGGGCUAUCCUUUUGGAUGUGGAAAGACCGAGGUUGAAAAUAUCAAUGGAAGUUCUACGGGGUUCAAAAUCAUGGUUGCUAAGCUCUUGCCAAAGCUUGUGGAAGCAUUUUCUGACAAGGGCAUGGAUUACAGCCACUUCAUUGAGCCUGAAAAAUGAAUUUGCUCGAAACUCCUGGUACCACUGAAUUACCAUACCAAGACCUUUAUUUUGUUUGUAGAUAUGUAUAAUAUCAACACUUGCUUGGCAAAAGAUUGGUCAUUUGUCAAUAUAUGGCUGUUGUGUCAUGCGUGGUGAAAAAUGUCUUAGUAAGGCUCUGUUGUAUGUAUCAUAGAUUAUGGCUUGCAGACUAUGAAAUAAAAUCCCUUGUUGGGUUGGUGUGCUUGAUAA